UUCUCCCAGCACCUCCCGCUAGCAUCCAGAGGGAGCCGAGCCUCCGCCAGGUCUGCGGGCCGGACGCUGGAGCGCAGCGCAGCGCAACGCAGCCGUGUCUGUCCGCUGAGAGGGCUGAACUGGAAGCCGAGCGCUGCCGCGGGAGGCGGGUGAUGGGGGCAGGUGCUGCCGGCUGCGCCAUGGACGGGCCGCGCCUGCUGCUGCUGCUGCUGCUCCUGGGGGUGUCCCUUGGAGGUGCCAAGGAGGGGUGCCCCACGGGCCUGUACACCCGCAGCGGUGAGUGCUGCAAAGCCUGCAACCUGGGCGAGGGCGUGGCCCAGCCUUGCGGAGCCAACCAGACCGUGUGUGAGCCCUGCCUGGACAGCGUGACCUUCUCGGACGUGGUGAGCGCCACGGAGUCGUGUAAACCGUGCACCGAGUGCGUGGGGCUGCAGAGCAUGUCGGCGCCCUGCGUGGAGGCCGACGACGCCGUGUGCCGCUGCGCCUACGGCUACUACCAGGACGAGACGACAGGCCACUGCGAGGCGUGCCGCGUGUGCGAGGCGGGCUCGGGGCUCGUGUUCUCAUGCCAGGACAAGCAGAACACCGUGUGCGAGGAGUGCCCCGACGGCACGUACUCCGACGAGGCCAACCACGUGGACCCGUGCCUGCCCUGCACGGUGUGUGAGGACACGGAGCGCCAGCUGCGCGAGUGCACGCGCUGGGCCGACGCCGAGUGCGAGGAGAUCCCUGGCCGUUGGAUUACACGGGCCACGCCCCCGGAGGGCUCAGACAGCACAGACCCCGGCACCCAGGAGCCUGAGGUACCUCCGGAUCAAGACCUCGUAACCAGCACGGUGUCAGAUGUGGCGACCACAGUGAUGGGCAGCUCCCAGCCCGUGGUGACCCGAGGUACCACCGACAACCUCAUCCCUGUCUACUGCUCCAUCCUGGCUGCUGUGGUUGUGGGCCUCGUGGCCUACAUCGCCUUCAAGAGGUGGAACAGCUGCAAACAGAACAAGCAAGGAGCCGACAGCCGGCCCGUGAACCAGACGCCCCCACCCGAGGGAGAAAAACUGCACAGCGACAGCGGCAUCUCUGUGGACAGCCAGAGCCUGCAUGACCAGCAGUCCCACACACAGACAGCUGCAGGCCAGGCCCUCAAGGGUGACGGAGGCCUCUACAGCAGCCUGCCGCUGGCCAAGCGGGAGGAGGUGGAGAAGCUGCUCAGUGGCUCUGCGGGGGACACCUGGCGGCAUCUGGCCGGUGAGCUGGGUUACCAGCCUGAGCACAUAGACUCCUUCACCCAGGAGGCCUGCCCGGUCCGCGCCCUGCUGGCCAGCUGGGCCGCCCAGGACAGCGCCACCCUUGACACCCUCCUGGCCGCCCUGCGCCGCAUCCAGAGAGCCGACAUUGUGGAGAGCCUGUGCAGCGAGUCCACGGCCACGUCCCCGGUGUGAGCCGGCCCGGGAGCCCCUGCCCUGCCCCCACAUUCCGAAGACUGAUGUUCCAGCCAACCCCACAGGCCAGCGUCAGAGCUGCGCGCCUCUGGGCAGGGCCUCGGAGCCCGGGCCCCCAAACCACAGCCCUGUCACUCUCCUGUGUGGCCCCAUCGCUUCCGAUCACACUCCCUCUCCAGCGCCAGAAGUGCCCCUGCCGCCUCUCCCACCCUGCCCUGCCCUGUCGCCAUCUCAGGCCUCCUGCCGCCGUCUCCCCCCACUUCUAGGGGGGCCAGCCCCUCCCACCUUAGCAGGUUGUCAUAUAUGGGGGGCUAACACCAGGGAUGGUGUAGAGGGCAUGACAGGGUCCCAGAGACUCAGAGGGAGAGACUGAGGAACCAGAGCCGUGGGCUCUGCACUGUGAUCUUGGGGAACGAGGGAGCACCUUCGUGGCCUCAACCUCCCUCAUCCCCCCUCCCCCCUCCCCUCUGGCCUAACAGGAAGAGGAUCAGAGGUUUGAUAGAGCUGGAAGAGGGGCUUGAAAUCUAGUCCAUCCCCCUCAUUUUACGAACAGCAGAGUGAGGCCCAGAGAGAGGCAGCGAUUUGCCCAAAGCCACCCAGAAAUGGGGAGGCCAAAGAUGGGCUGUCUCCCGAAACGAGGGGUGCAGGCCUCAGGUUUGCAGGGAGUGGGGGGCCAGGCGACCCUCCGGGAAAUGUCUCGAAGCCAAACCCAGUCUGCCCUUCACCAUCUCCAGGCCUGUCCAGCCCCUGUGGAGAGGGGAUGCGUCACCCAAGGCCUGGCCCAUUGACCCAUCCUGACCCCAGUCAGGUUUGGGGUUUGUGGCAAGGGGUGCUGCUUCCCUCUACCUGUCCCCUCAGGCAUGUCAGUGUGGCAUCCGUGCUGUGGCUCAUCUGUAGGUACCCACCAUCCCAGCACAGACCCAGAGCCAGUAUAGGCAGCAUCUUCCCCUGGAGUCAGCCCUGGGGGACUGAGGAACCCCACCUGCAACACAGAUUUACAGGCACACACACACACAGGAUGAGAAAUCUCGCUUCUCUCCAAGAGUUCUUCCUCUUGGGCUGUGGCCGGAUCCUCCUGGGGCAGCUGCCAGAGAAGCAUUGAAGGGAAUUGAACUCUACUCGCUGUCUUCCCUCGCCCCCGGGUUUGGCAGGCCAAGGACGGCUGAGGCUUGGGCUGGCGCCUGCCUUCCAAGGGCCUGCACGUGGAGGAAUGCUCCCCCGUUCCACCCCUUCCCUGCAAGCACGGGUUUGGCUGGGCCCUGGAGGCUGCAAUGAAGACAAGUGGACCAGCGUGGGAAUGCAGCAAGAAGGAAUUGAGUUAGACUGUGGCCCAUAGAGGGUCUCUCCCAAGUUUAGAGAACCCUACAAAGGACUGUUUUUUCCCUAGCUUGGUACCGGAAGGGGGCCAUGGAGCCCCUCCUGGCCUGUUCUGUUUUGCUUGAUGUUGGAAUGAGUGUGCCCCGCCCCUGUCUCUUUAGCAUGAACGAGCCCUGACCAGGAUGUGCACGGACAGCCACCCCCUCCCCAGCCCAGGGGUCUCUCAGCCCUGUGUAAGGCACUGGGAACGUUGUACGUAGAUGGUAUUUCUUUGACCUCAAUCUGUGAUGGGAGGAGGAAACUCACCUGCUGGCCCCUCACCUGUGAAUGUGGGGAGUGGGACAGAGUCUGAGGUAUUUCUUUUCCUCCCCAGCAGUGGGGGAGGGGGUCGGAGGUUGCAAGUAUGUUUCAGCAUGUGUUUGGUUCUGCGGCCCCUCCUGCCUCCCUUUGGGCUGAGGUGGAACCCUUUUGCCCCCUCCCCCCGCCAGCUGGGGGCUGUGAACUCCAGGCUCCUUGUCACCCUCCCUGUCACCUGCCCCUUGCAUCCUGUGUAAUCAUUUCUUGGGCCCUCCUGAAACCUACACAUAAAACAUAAAUGAUGAACAUUAAAUAGCAAAGAAAGGAAAAUCGUGCAGAGAUUUUCUGGAAAUACACGUGGUUUGAGUUGGUGGGGGGUUUUGUGUGUGGGGCAGGGACCCGGGUAUAAUUUCCAACUCAGUGAGUUCCUGUCCUAUUUUCCCCACACACAAUGGGGAAGUUUUAACAGAAAUCCAGCAAAUUCACACGUGUCACCAUGGAGUUAAUUUAAAUGGGAUAGAGAGGGAGUGGGGGCCCUUGCCGCCAGACUUUGGAGAGGGAAAGUAAAAACGGCCAUGCAGGAAGCUGGCCAGCUGUGAACUUGACCAGAUGUCAGAAGUGAAACUGACCACAGGGGAGCCAGAGGCUUGCUGGGAGGGCCAGGUCACAACCCCACGGCUCGCAGCCACCCACACGGCUUGGGAGGCACACCACCCCCCAGCACACAAGCACACACACAAGGUCUGGCUCCAGAUGGCCUGGCGGGAGCCUGGCUGGUCCGGCCUGGAGUUGGGCAGGCCCCUCCCUUGUGGCUCUCCCAGGCAGGUCCCAACCCCAGCUUCUACCAGCCUGGCUUUGAGCCCUGCCUGGUCUGGGAGCUUCAGGGUUCCAGGCCCCGGGUCUGUGUCCCUCUCCCAGGCUGGCCUGGCAGCUGGUCCGAGCUGCUCGGCCUCUGCUGGUGGCUUGGCCAGGUCUUCUGAUGGGCCUGACUCGUGGUUGCUAGGGAAUGCCACGGGAGGCUUGCUUUCCCAGAAAGAACAGCAAACAAGCCUUCCUGAUCUUGGGAUCCUGGGAGGGGCCAGCCGGGCCCCAGCCAAGAGUUAGGCAUGAGGUGGAGGGAAGCUGUCUUCCAUCUCCCACCCCCAGGCUGUGAGGGUUGUGAGGAAGGUGGCGGGGAGGGGGCAGUGAUUUAGAGCCGGUAUAGGAAAUGAUCCUGGGUCUUGGGUAACCCCCAGUGUGAUGGGGGAGACAGACUGUCUUGAGGAAGUCUCCCACCUAAUGGGGAAGACACAGCCCCAGACUUGAAGAUCCCUCUAAUCUGGUGGGGGAGGCUCAAUUCCUAUCCUAGAAGAGCCCCCAUUCUCAUGGGGGAAAUGCCUCUAAUUAGGUGGGGGAGAGCUGGACGCUGCCUGUGGGAAUAAGGAGACACAAACUCCUGUCUUCCACAAUCUUAUAUACUUGAGGGGGUGGCAGCAGACAGCCCCUGUAUGGUGUGCAGCGCCAUGCUAGGGGUGAGUGGGGGCCCCAACCCAGACUCACCCCUACCAGGGGUUAGGGAAGGUUUGCCAGUACAGAGACACUGAAGCUGAGCCCUAUCGAAGUGGAGUCAACAAGCCAGGGGAGGAGAGAGUUCCUGGCAGAAGAAUCAGUGCAGCAAAGGCCCUGAAGAGAGAGAAUAGAGCCCAUGGGGCCUGGGGAGGCUCCUGUGCCUGCAGCCCAGAGAGUGAGUGGAAGGUCAGUGGGGCCAGAUGGGGAAGGGCUUACAAAGAGACAUGUUAAAGCAUCUGGAUUAAGCAGGGGGUGUCGUAGACAGAUUUCCAUCUUAGAAAGCACCAGCUCUGGCUGCAGUGUGGAGGGUGAGGGUGGGCAGGAUAGGUGGGCCAGGAGGUGGAAGUCAGAGGUAAAGUAUGGGCCACAGGGAUGGCGAGAAGAGGGCAUUGAGAAAGCUCCGCAUAGCAUGCAGGACUGGGUAGGAGAUGUGGAGGUGACUGACACUGGCCUCGGGCUUCUGGGGGUAGCGGAGCAGAGAGCCUGAAAGACAUCGUACCAGAGAUUCGUACCUCCCCCACCACAUUGUGGAGAAACCCCCUCUGCCCUCCUUCAGCCUAACCUCCAUCCUUCCUUCUCUAAUUCCCCUGCAAGGGCAAAAAUGCUUCAUCGGCUCCCCAUCUUUAAUGUGGCCCCGGAGGCUGCGUGACGCCCCUGCCCAUCCCUCCAGACUCACCGCCUUGCUCCAGCUGUCCUCUUCCUCAGUCUCUGCUCUUCCCCAAACCAGCCCCCUCACAAUUCUCCAAGCUUCAAGCCACAGGGCCCUCUAGCCACAGGGCCUUUGCAUAGGUUGUCCUUUCUGUAAGACUCUUUCCCCCUUCUUUCUCAAGUUACCUCCCAGUUCAGUGCUUCCUUGGGGAAAAGCUCUCACCACACUCUGGAUACAAAUCAAGUUUCUUGAGUCCAGGUUCAGAGCACAUCAAGUUCCACUCCUUUUCUUUAGACCACUUAUCUCUCUUUGCAAUUAGGCACCCGUCUGAGUGAUUAUUUGAUUACUGUAAACUCCAGGAAACCAGAGACAGGGUCUGGUUUUGCUCACCAUCUAAUCCUGCGCACCUUGCCUGGCGCACAGCUAGCACCCAAUAAAAAUCUGUUGAAUAAUGAAUGAAUGUGGUCUAACGUAGCACUGUCCGAUAGAAAUAUACUGCAAGUGACAUAUGUGAUUUUCAAUUUUUUAGUAGCCACAUUACAAAAGUAAAAGAAACAGGUGAGAUGAGCAUAAUAAUAUAGUUUAUUCAGCUCAAUAUAUCCAACAUAUCUUUUCAACAUAUAAUCAACAUUUUAAAAUUAUUGAUAUUAUAUGUUACUUUUUUUCUGCUAAGUUUUCACAAUCCAGCGUGUAUUUUAUUCUUACAGCACCACCCAGUUCGGAUUAGACCCAUUGCAAGUGCUCAGUAGCUACAUUUGGCUAAUGGCUGCCACGUCGGGCAGCUAGCUCUAGAGUCAGACCUCAUUCUGAGCCCCCAGUGGGCUCAGAGGACAGAUAGGUGUUCCCUGGCUUCUUCCUGUAUCAUCAGUCUGCUUGGGCCCGAGGCCUAUUGUUCUCCCCUCCCCAUCCCCAAGGCUCUCUCCUCUCCACUCUUUGUCUCUUUCAUUCUCUAGGUUACAGAAUGAUACCAUCUUUGUCUGCUCAUCAGGGCCCCUUCUCUUCCCCUAAUGCCUCCCUCCCCUCUUUCAUCCUGUGCAAUGAAGCUGAGAUGAGACUUGGAACAAUAGGAAAGGCCUCUCCACCCAGAGGGGAGGGGCCUGAUGGGGGCCACUGAGCCUGUGCUCCAGGGAAAGAAGGGGCUGAGCCAGAGCUGGGGUCAUAAGACAUCUCCCAUGAUGCUCUGGGCUGUGGGGUCUGCUGACCAUAUGCCUGGGGGAGGCAGCUCCUCUGAUAAUGCAAAGCAGAUUCCGCUCAGUUUUGUGGCAGCUGGUGGGCAGAAGGCCAGAGGACAGGACUGAGUCCCCAGGCAUCUGGGUUCAGAAGAGCUGAGGCCGGGAGGGCUCCUUCAGCCUCCAGCCCCCUGACUCCCUCCAACGCCCCUGCCCUCGUGCUGACCCCUCCCAACUACACCAGGCUCCCCUGGGCCCCACCCCAGGCUCCAGAUCACCCUCCAACUCUAUCAAAGACCCCCAGUUCUCAGCACACGUCCUUGGGAUCUUUGGUGCAACGUCCUCAUUGAGAAGGGCCUUCUUCUCCAGGCAGACCCGGGGUAGGGCUGUUCAUCUCCACGCGCAGGGUGAUUCCUCCCAGGCCCCACUGAAAGUUAGGGCUUUCCACACCCCAGUUCUACCUAUUCCAAUCCUCCAGUCAUCUCAGAGGCGAGGCCAGGAUCAUCUUUCUAAGGCUCUGUCAUGGAAGGACGUUAAGGAACCUUCCAACUCUCAGUCCCCAUUCCUCCCAGGGCACUCAAUCCUGCCCUCUUCCCACAGCAUCUGGGCACUUCCCCAUUCCUGCGCUCCCUUCCCGGCAACUCCUGCUCCGGCUGUUUCCAACAACAUUCCCAAAGGGCUCCUGGGAGAGGUGGGAUUGGGUCUCCUCCCUGGGUGGGGACUGCUCCCUUUGGAAAAGUCUGGGAAUGCGCCCAUCCCCCUCCUAUCUUCUAGUGACUCAUAGAAUCUAGGGGUCCUUCUGUGUCAUCCAGGAGCCUGUCGCCCUCCUGAGAAGCCCUCAGCACUCUCUGGCCUGGGCCUGGGGCUCAGCGUCCACAUUCCAGGGGCCCGGCCCCACCCCAGGGCCUAAGGCUUCAAUCAGCACUCCAGAUGGUUCUCAUUCUACGCCUACGCACCUUGGGAUGCCAGCGGUCCACAUCAGAUGUGCGGGCCAGGGGCACGGGGCAGCCAGGCCUCCAUUUGUCGACCCUGGACCCACAGGAGAUCACACGGUGACCUCCUGGAAGAUGAUGCCGAGGGCUCCGAAGCCAGUCACCUGGGAGCUCCCCUCUCUUCACUCUGCGUACCAGUUCGGAUUUCUCAUGUUGUAAAAGGGAGAAAACCCAACUCAGGGUUGUUUACGGGAAUUUACUGUCCGUCUGAAGUGAAAGGUGCAGGGGUAGGGCUGGCUCUAGGCACUGCUUGAUGCAGAGAUUCAAACAACAUCCUACCACCCAGUUUCUCCGUCCAUCUCGUGCCUCCUUUCCUCGCACAAGACUCUUUCCUUGCGGUGAUAAGACGGCUGCGCACCUUCAGACUCAUGCCGUGAGCAUCCGGCGAGUCUCCAGGCGUCCCUGGUUCUGAUUGGCCCAUCUGGGGAAUGGCGAUCACUGAUUGGGUAAGGUGGACGUCACAUGCUCCAUCCACAGGAGCGGGGGUGUCGCCCCGCCUGAGGCACUGGGAGAGUGGGGGAAACUGAGGCACAGUCACCAAAAGGGGACCCCAAAAACAACAAAUGUAAGGCUCCAGCCUAGAUCAACACUUGGGCUCUUCCCUCUUCACCAGGCAACUGAGCGAGACGCCACCCCCCGCAGACCGAGUGCGUCUUUCUGGUCAGAAUCGCCAUGAAACAGCAGGGACAUCCUAUGCGAGGACUUGAAUGCCAGGCUGAGGAAUUUGGACUGAUCAGGGAGCUACGGAGGUUGUCUGUCCUGGAAGGAGAGGCAGGGAAGACCAACUGCGAGGUUGGUGCUUCGGGCAAGGUAGCUAGCAGUGGGGAAGAAAAGAGGGGAGCAAUUCAGGAAAUAUUAAAAAGAGAGAAUGAACCUGCCUUGGCACAGGAGCAGAUGGGAAAUAGUAAGGCAGAGAGAGUACAUGACUCCCAGUCUCCAGCUUUAGCAACCGAGGGGAUGAUGGUGCUGUUCACAGAGAUAGAUCCCUGGAGGAAGACCAGGCUCUCGAGGAAGAUCAAGACGUCCAUGUUGAAACAGAAACAAGAGUCAUAGAUACAGAGAACAAACAGGUGGUUGCCAGAGGGGAGGGGAGUGAGAGGAGGAGAGAAAUAGGCGAGGGAGAUUAAGAGGUGCAAACUUUCAGUUAUAACAUAAAAUAGUCUGGCUUCCCUGGUGGCGCAGUGGUUGAGAGUCCGCCUGCCGAUGCAGGGGACACGGGUUCGUGCCCCGGUCCGGGAAGAUCCCACAUGCGGCGGAGCGGCUGGGCCCGUGAGCCAUGGCCGCUGAGCCUGCGCGUCCGGAGCCUGUGCUCCGCAACGGGAGAGGCCGCAACAGUGGGGGCCCACGUACCACAAAAAAAAGAGACAUACAACAUGAUAAAUAUAAUUAACACUGCUGUGCGUUAUAUAUGAAAGUUGUUAAGACAGUAAAUCCUGAGCUCUUAUGACAAGGAAAACAUUUUUUCUAUUUCUUUAAUUUUGUAACUAUAUGAGAUGAUAGAUGUUCACUAAACUUAUUGUGGUAAUCAUUUCAUGACAUAUGUAAAUCAAAUCAUUACUCUGUACACCUUAAACUUAUAUGGUGCUGUAUGUCAAUUAUAUCUCA